UCCGGUAAGCUGCCGGCUGGGACUUCUCCUCCUCCUGCAGCCCGGAGCAGAUAAUGCGGCCGAUCAGCAGCGGGAUCCGGGCAGGGGAUCAGAACAAGAGGGUUUGUCAUGCUGUAUAUAGAGUCGAGGCUCUUUCUACUGAUAAUCCAUUUCAUCACAUCAAGUAAAAUUGGUUUGGUUGCUACAAAUGCCUCUGCUCCUCUCUAUGAUUAUGGGAAGAUUCAUUUGCCAGCUGAUCACAUACCGUAUUACCUGCACAACAACAGGCAUGUUGCUACGGUCUGCAAAGAAGACCCAUUCUGUCCGUUUAGAGAACACCUGAUAAAACUCAAUUCAUGUUGGGGCUACGAGAAGUCCUGUGAUAAGGACCAGCGGUUUAGUUAUCCUACAUGUGAUCAUGUCGACUUUGGUUGGGCAAAGAAUGUGGAAGAUGCUCAGGAGAUAUUUUGGAAACAAGCGGACUUUGGUUAUGUCAAAGAGAAAGUGGCUGAAACACAGAUAUUGUGUCGUCCACGUCAGCAGGGAGACUCAUUGUUGGCCUGUUCAAGCCAUCUUCAACACUGUAGGGCCUCCAACCUUUACAUGGAUUUGAGAAAACCCCGGAGAGGCCCAGAUAGAUUUAAGGAAUACUUUUUCGAAGAAGGAGAGAUUGGAGGACAUUGUCACCUUGACACCAGUAAGCUCCUGUCCCAAGGUCAACGUAAAAGUCCCUUGCAGUCUUGGUUUGCUGAACUGCAAAAAUACAGCUCGUUAGAUUUUAAACCUUUUGAAGAUGGGCAGUGUGAUAUUAUUAUUAAAAAGCCAACAUUUUUCAUGAAAUUAGAUGCAGGAGUAAGCAUGUAUCAUCAUUUUUGUGAUUUCAUCAAUCUUUACAUAACUCAACAUGUCAACAAUUCAUUCAGUACAGAUGUCCAGAUAAUCAUGUGGGAUACGAGUUUUUACGGCUACGGUGACUUAUUUAGCGAAACGUGGAAGGCGUUUACAGACUAUGAAAUCAUACAUUUGAAGGCAUACGAUUCUAAACGGCUAUGUGUUAAAGAUGCUGUAUUUGCUUUACUGCCACGUAUGAGAUAUGGCUUGUUUUACAACACACCAUUGAUCUCAAACUGUCGUGGCACAGGAUUAUUCAGAGCGUUCUCGCAGCAUGUGCUUCACCGCCUGAAUAUCAACCAGAAUGUUUUAAAGGAGGAAACAAUUCGAGUCACCAUACUGACACGGAGCACGGAAUUUCGGAAAAUACUAAACUUGAAUGAGCUGGUCCACGCAUUGGAGAAAGUACCAAUGUUUAAAGUUCAGGUCGUGGACUACAAGUACAAAGAUCUUGGAUUCCUUGAGCAACUUUCUAUCACAUAUAACUCUGAUAUUUUUAUUGGGAUGCAUGGAGCUGGUCUGACGCACUUACUUUUCUUGCCUGACUGGGCUGUAAUAUUUGAGUUGUAUAAUUGUGAAGACCAACACUGCUAUUUAGAUUUGGCGCGACUCCGAGGCGUUCAUUACAUCACGUGGGAGAAACAGGACAAAGUCUUUCCCCAAGAUAAGGGACACCAUCCAUCUUUGGGAGAGCACCCUAAAUUCACCAAUUACGCCUUUGACGUGGAAGAAUUUAUGAGACUGGUGCACUUAGCGGCAAAAUUAGUGACCCUUCAUGAGAAGUGGCCGUUCUGGAAACCUCGAGACGAGCUAUAGCUUGGUGUCCCUAAGGAACUGGUUGGCUGUCACAAUAUCUACAGAUCAUUGGAUGUGUUUUUUUUUUUUUUUUAAACAAGAACAAAUUUUACUAAUUGUCUGAACACUUUUUAAUACCUCUCUUGGAACAGCACCAAUAACUUCACCGGCAGCUUCUUAAGAAAUACACGUGCGAUCAUUGGUAUACAUUUCUUUCUUACCCAUAAUACAUUUCUACCAGCAACUUUCUUAUCACAAAUGUAGCCUUUUUAUGAAAUGAUUGUAUUACUAAUUUUGUUACUGAAGUAUACUUGAGAAUUUGUAAAGUAUUUGUGAGAAUGGAUUACAUAAUGUAUGUUUGUUUAUUGUUCACUGUUAAAACUAAAGUAAGUAAAACGGCUCAGGUUCUCACAGUUAAA